AUGUCUGGAGUGCGGGUGGCAGUGGUCACAGGAGGCAAUAAAGGGAUAGGCCUGGCCAUAGUCAGAGCUCUGUGUAAGCAGUUCCAGGGGGAUGUCUAUCUGACAGCCAGGAACACUCAGCUGGGAGCAAAAGCUGUGCAGGAGCUGAAGGAGAAGGAAGGAUUGUCCCCGUUAUUCCACCAGCUGGACAUCAAUGACCUGAACAGCAUCCGGGCUCUGCGGGACUUUCUAAAGGAUAAGUACGGGGGGCUGGAUGUGCUGAUCAAUAAUGCCGGCAUUGCAUUCAAAGCUGCUGACACAACCCCAUUUGGUACCCAAGCUGAAGUGACACUGAAGACCAACUUCUUUGCCACAAGAGAUGUUUGCCACGAGCUGCUGCCACUUAUUAAACCAAAUGGGCGAGUUGUCAAUGUUUCCAGCAUGAUGAGUUCUAUGUCUCUUGCAAAGUGCAGCCCUGAACUGCAGGAAAAAUUCCGCAGUGACAUCAUCACUGAGGAAGAGUUAGUGAAACUGAUGGAGAAGUUUGUGGAAGAUGCCAAGAAGGGAAUCCACAAAGACCAAGGAUGGGCAGACAGUGCUUAUGGGACAUCCAAAAUAGGAGUAACUGUGUUAUCCAGGAUCCAAGCUCGACAGCUUAAAGAGACCCGGAAAGGAGAGGGCAUCGUCCUGAAUGCCUGCUGUCCGGGUUGGGUGAGGACUGAUAUGGCUGGUCCCAAGGCUCCCAAGUCUCCAGAUGAAGGAGCCGAGACCCCAACCUAUUUAGCUCUUCUACCUCUUGAUUCAGCUUCACCAUAUGGGGAGCUGGUUAGCGAGAAGAAAAUUGUAACUUGGUGA